AACUGACGCUAGAAUAAUAAAACCUAAAAGAACACAACACAGUGCUCUGCUAAGUAGCCAUUCAACAAGAAGCCUCCGUUCUCUACUUUGUCGCAGAAUCCGAAUCAACAUUAAAGAACGCAUUUUUCCGCUUUCCACUUUGUUUCAUUGGGCAGAAUGGCUAAAGAAGAGUAUAAACUGAAUGCUUUGAGCUCUCAGACCGAAAGGGAUACAAAAUCCAGUUUGGAAAGACAAAAACGUAAGAAAAAUAAAAAGAGAAAACAGUUGUUGGGUAAUAAGAUGGUAGACGAUGAACAAGACAUCAUUGGGGAUGGCCCCUCAGUUGGACGGGAUUCAGAACAUUGUGAUAUGAGGAUAGAAGGUUCUCCAAAGGUGAUGAAUCCAGUUGCUAAAAGUUUGAAAAGCAAUGAAGAGGAACAUUUACUGCAAGAAAAUGCAGUGGCUGCUGAAAAGCAAGAGGUCAGCGGGUUGAACUGUGCAGAAGAGGAGAUGAUGAAUGAUAAAAUGGCUGAUAUGCCUAAAAAGAAGAAGAGAAAGCGGCUUUUAAUUGAUGCCGGUAAGGCUGACAGGCGCGGAAUUUGUUACUUGAGUCGAAUUCCUCCUCAUAUGGAUCAUGUAAAGCUUCGCCAUAUUCUAUCCCAAUAUGGAGAAAUACAGAGGAUCUACCUUGCACCUGAAACAGUUGCAGUUCAUAAACGUCAAGUACAACGAAAAAAAGCUGAUGGAUCUCAAGAUCAAGCAUUUUCUGAAGGGUGGGUUGAGUUUGGCAAUAAAAAUGUCGCCAAAAAAGUUGCUAAUGCAUUAAAUGGUGAACAGAUGGGUGGGAAGAAGAGAUCAAAAUUCUAUUAUGACCUUUGGAAUAUCAAGUACUUGAGUAAAUUCAAAUGGGAUGAUCUCACAGAAGAAAUUGCUUAUAAGAGUGCUAUAAGAGAGCAGAAGUUAGCUCUAGAGCUUUCUGCUGCUAAGAGGGAGCGGGACUUUUAUCUGUCUAAAGUUGACAAAUCCCGUGCUUUGAGUUCUAUAGAAGAACGCUUAAAGAAGAAACAAAAGGUCCAACAAGAGACUGGAGGUGAACAGUCUGUAAGCGAGCAAGCACCAAAAUUCAUCCGUCAAUUUCCACAGACAAAACCAGUUGCAGAGAAACCAGAAGAAAGAAAAUCUCAGCUCUCGAAGGAUGUUCUGGCAGGGGUAUUUGGUGUUUCUUAGUGAUGAAGUUAAUGGAUUUGUUCACCAUGAUGAUGAUGAGGUUGCAUAUCGUAAGUGUUGCUUUAGUUGUGGGUACUUUGGCUGCAUUACUUGAGCAGCUUACAGUUUUGGCUUUUUUUUUUUCAUUGGGGAAAGGGGAAUUCGAACCUGAGAUACGUAGGUCGAGUUAAAAUGUCCCUGCCACUAAGCUAUGCCUAUUGGCAGAGGCUGAUCUACUCUAAGGCUAGGGCAGGCUUAAGCCCGGGCUAGCAUCAAAUAUUUGUUGGAGGAUUCAACAAUUUUAUGUUUCAUAUUUUCACCAACUGUAUCAUACAUCCCCAUUGUAUUUAAGUUGAGGAUUGAAGUGUAAUGCCCUUCUUUUCCCAAUAAAUGUUUAUAGAACUUGCUGGGAUUUGAUUUUGAA